AUGACAACUAUUCACACUGUAAUUUCUAUAGGUGCUUCUAAUGGAUGGUAUCUUCUUCAAAUAGAUGUGAAAAACCAAUUGAGUACUUACAGUGAUACUAAUUGGGCAGGGUGUCCUGAUACUCCCCGAUCUGUCACUAGGGGACUUGGAUUUCCCCAAAUAGAGUCAACUUCACUUUAUGUUGACAAUACAAGUGUCAUUCAAAUUGUUGCAAAUCCUAUUUUUCAUGAACAUACCAAACAUAUGGAAGCUAAUUGUCAUUUAAUUUGUGAUGCUUACGAUGAACAACUUAUAUCACUUUCUCAUGAAGAGAAGAGACAGGACAAUUUCAGAAAGGAAAUGGAAGAAGAACAGAAAGAAGAGGAAAAUGAUAAGGAUUGA